GGGGGCUCUGUUGAGGGAGGGCAGGCCGGACAUGGUUGAGAGUGUGUCCAGCAGGUUAUGUGUGUGUGUUGUGGUCAGUGGAAGACCCCGAGGCCUGGAUCCUGAUUCCUGCCUGAGCUGUGUUUGAAAACAGAAGACUUGAGUCGGUGGGUUUGUCGGUGUGGAACGGAGGUGGUGGCCAGCGGGAGCCCACUUUUCCUGUCCAUUCAAGGGCAUUGCCGGGGCCCGAACAGCAGCUCUGCACUGAGGCCUGUCAGCCAAGCAGGCGGCCUCAUGGACCUUCGAAGACGUGCAGGGCUUCACCGCAGGAGAUGCAUGAGCUGACAAGAUCUGAGCUCACGCAGCCAUGGGGGACUGGAACCUGCUUGGAAAGCUUUUAGAAAAAGCGCAGGAGCACUCCACUGUGGUGGGGAAGGUGUGGCUCACCGUCCUGUUCAUCUUCCGCAUCCUGAUCCUGAGCGCCGCAACAGAGAAGGUGUGGGGCGACGAGCAGUCGGGCUUCACCUGCGACACCAAGCAGCCCGGUUGUGAGAACGUGUGCUAUGACAUCACUUUCCCCAUCUCCCACGUUCGUUUUUGGGUACUGCAGAUCAUCUUUGUGUCCACGCCUACGCUGAUCUACCUGGGACACAUCCUCCACCUGGUGCGGAUGGAGGAAAAGCAGAAGGACAAGGACAAGCACAAUGCACAUCAUUUAGAAAAGCACGACCAAAAAAAGGCUCUGGUGAGGGACGACAAGGGACGUGUGCGCCUGCAGGGGGAGCUCUUGCGCACAUAUGUCUUUAACGUGGUUUUUAAAACUCUGUUUGAGGUCGGCUUCAUUGUGGCUCAGUACCUCUUGUAUGGCUUCGAGCUGAGGCCCAUGUACACAUGUGACAGACCGCCCUGCCCCAACGUGGUGAACUGCUACAUAUCCCGUCCCACAGAGAAAACCAUCUUCAUCAUCUUCAUGCUGGGAGUGGCCAGUGUCUCUCUGUUCCUCAACCUCAUAGAGAUCUACCACCUGGGCUUCACCAAGUGUCGCCAGGGCAUCACCUUCAGGAGAGGUGAUGAGUCCCCUGUGAGUCUCUCCAAGGAGCCCAGCGAGGCCGCGGUGCCGUACGCGCCGAGCUUCGAAGACUACUUCCACCAAGUCCAGCCGGCCUACCCGCCCGUCCCCGGCUACAACCUCUCCCCUCUCUCCGAGGGCACGGACUCGUCCUUCCACCCCUACCACAGCAAGGCGGCCUACAAGCAGAACAAGGACAACUUGGCAGUAGAAAGGAGCAGCAGCAAGCCAGAGGAAUGUGACCUGAAAGGAAAGAAGGGAGCAGGAUCAGCCCCUGGGUCACCUACGCAGGCCAGGCCCGGCCGCAGUGCCAAACACAGCAACAACAAGACUAGAAUAGACGAUCUGCAGAUAUGAGGAGGUUUAUGUUUCUCUGAGGGUGUCUUAAAUUGCUGCGAGGGGGAUCACAUGUUGUUUGGAAGCAUUCAUACAUGCUGUACUGACUCCCCCUUCUUUAAGAGGGCACAGGUUUGACUCAUUCCAGCUUAGAUGGGAGUGACAUUUACAGGGCACACGGAGAAGCUGCAGGUGUACAGGGAUGUGUGAAGACUGAUGUGGGUCAAUAAUCACAUUUCAAGGAAGUUGUGCUCCACUGAGAAGUGUCCCAGCCCUUUUUUCUUUCAAAAAACGUAAUUGGAUAAAACAUUAGAGUUUUUUUUAUUGAUUUGUGUAGGGUAUGAAUUUCUCCACUAUUCACUGUUACUGAGAACCUAACAAAAUCAACAAAAAAAACGCAGUCUGCUCAGGUUUUACAUGAAUGUAAAUGAGCCCAAAAAAUGCACCUCCGUGUAUGAAAUUGCUCAAACUUUGGGAACAGAAUCCAGGGCAGAAACUUGUUCAGCACUGGCCUGACCUCAUUUGAGGAAAUCAGAUAGGGCGAAUAGUUAAAUUUAACUUCCUUUAACCGUUUUGAGGUCACCAUUUAGCAUAGUUCACUUGCUUAGACUUGAAGUGAGAAGUUGUGCAAUAUCUGACAACACAUUGGACACUGGAAAUACUGUACCUAAUUCCAGGACACGCCUCAAAAAUAAAUAAAUUGCACUGGUCUCAGGAGUUCCCACAUUUGUGCUGCCUCAUUUUUUUUUUCUUUUUUUGCGACAGCCAGCAAGUACAUAAUUAUAAGCACAUUGUUUUGUUUAUCCUUGUUUAUAUCUGUGUUUGUGCCGUUUGUUUUCUGUAAAGCACUUGGUGACAACCAUAUUUGUAAAACUGCUUGAAAUAAAUCUGUCUUAAAUUUGCAAA